UCUAGCUCCUGGAGUGAAAGAUCAGUUGAAAAAAUGGGUGCCGGAUCGCAAAAUUGUCAUGGCCCUUGCCAACCGCGGCCUUUUCGCCGGCCGCCAUAUCCAAUUCGGCCAUCGCGUCAGUGAAGACGGAGGCAACAACCACUCUUGUGAGAGAGGAUGAAAGAAUUACGGAUUUGAACUUCCUAAUUGGUCCAAAGUUGUAUGAGGCGAAUUGGUUGGAUCUUGUGAAAGGAGGAUUUAUCGCAAAUGUUCAAUGUGCAGAAGUUUGGUGUCCAAUGACAAAGGAAUUUUUUGCCGAGUACUUGAAGAAAGAAAAUUCAAAGAAAAAACAGGCUCUUUAUGUGAUGAACCCCAAUAAGUUUCGGGCUUGUGAGUUCCUUAUCCGAUUCCACGAACAGCAGCGUGGUGAUAAGAUUAUAGUUUUUGCGGAUAAUCUUUUUGCUCUGACAGAAUAUGCAAUGAAGCUUCGAAAACCUAUGAUUUAUGGUGCCACCAGCCAUCCUGAAAGAACAAAAAUUCUUGAAGCAUUUAAAACCAGUUGUGAUGUGAAUACCAUUUUUCUCUCAAAGGUUGGUGACAAUUCUAUAGAUAUUCCCGAGGCUAAUGUGAUAAUUCAGAUUUCAUCACAUGCUGGUUCAAGGCGUCAAGAGGCUCAACGACUUGGGCGUAUUCUCAGGGCCAAGGGGAAGCCUCAAGACAGGGUUGCUGGAGGCAAGGAAGAGUACAAUGCAUUUUUCUACUCUCUUGAGAUGUAUUAUUCAACAAAAAGGCAGCAGUUUUUGAUUGAUCAAGGUUAUAGUUUUAAGGUGAUCACAAGCUUGCAACCAGCUGAUACAGGCCCCGGGUUGAGCUACCACCAUCUUGAUGAUCAGCUUGCACUUCUUGGAAAGGUGCUAAGUGCAGGCGACAAUGAAGUUGGGCUGGAGCAACUAGAAGAAGAUGCAGAUGAUAUUGCACUUCAUAAAGCCCGUCGCUCAGCUGGAUCCAUGAGCACAAUGUCUGGAGCCAACGGAAGGGUAUACAUGGAGUAUAGUACUGGUAAAAAGCUACAAGGCCAGAUGAAGAGUAAACCUAAGGAUCCGGCUAAGAGGCAUCACUUGUUCAAGAAACGGUUUGGCUGAUACAUCAAAUCUAAAGAGAAACAGGUAUAGUGAUAUCAUAGUAUAUAGUUAGUUAAACUCUACAAAAAUUUAUUUUGGUUGUGUUCUUGUAUUUUGAAUCAUCAAACAUAUGUUGUUUUUUAAAUAAAAAUUACUAGUUGUCUUUUUUAUAGAACGGCUAUGAAGAUGAAUAAUUUAUAUUGUAUACGAGUAAUUUGAAUGAUGGUA